UUCCCGCUCACGCAGCAUUCCUCCCCGAGCUGAAAUCUCAGAGCGAACCGGAGAACCAAGAUGGCCAGAACCAAGCAGACCGCCCGUAAGUCCACCGGAGGCAAAGCCCCCAGGAAGCAGCUGGCCACCAAGGCCGCCCGUAAGAGCGCGCCGGCCACCGGCGGAGUGAAGAAGCCCCAUCGCUACCGUCCCGGUACCGUGGCGCUCAGGGAGAUCCGCCGCUACCAGAAGUCCACCGAGCUGCUGAUCCGCAAGCUGCCCUUCCAGCGCCUCGUCCGGGAGAUCGCUCAGGACUUCAAGACGGACCUCCGCUUCCAGAGCUCCGCCGUCAUGGCGCUGCAGGAGUCCAGCGAGGCUUACCUGGUGGGUCUGUUCGAGGACACCAACCUGUGCGCCAUCCACGCCAAGAGGGUCACCAUCAUGCCCAAAGACAUCCAGCUCGCCCGCCGCAUCCGCGGGGAGAGAGCCUAGGCCGACCCCAGACCCCCCCC